AUGACCAGAGAGGGUGGCGUGGGGUCUCCUCCCUGCUGUCCGCCGAUCCUCCUCCUCCUCCGGGCCUCGCUUCCUUCUGCUCCCGACGCUCCCUCCGACCCCUUUCUAGACCCUCUCCCCAGAUGCAGGCGCAAAGUACUCAAGAAGAGGGGCCGGGAGAUGGAAAACAGCCGGGCACGGGGCGAGAGGCGAGCAGUUGCGAAACGAUCCGCACCGGGGCUAGGAGGGGUAGAGGCGGAGGGGAGGGAGCCCGAGGGGGCGGAGGCCGCGGAGCCGGGAGCGGACGGCGCGAGCCCAGCUGCAGCUGUCAGCGGGCGCGGGCGCGGGGCGCGCCGGAGCCGGCCUCCCUCCCGCCCGCAGCGCGGCGGCCUCGCGCUCCACACGAGCCCGCGGCGGCUCCGAGACUGCGCGGCGAAAGGCAGAGCGCUCCGCUCGGGCGAAGCCUCGUCCGCCGUCCCCGGGCCUCCGCCUCCUCCCCAGCGCCUCCUCCCGCCGCUCCCUCCGCCUGCCAGUACCCCCUCCCUCCCGAAGCCCCCUUGUGCCGAUCCUAUCCCUCCCGCUAGCGACUCUCACCCUGUCCCUCCGCGGAUUCCUCCUUCCCUUCCCUCCCUCCCCGGGUCUCACACGCGCGCACGCCCGUCUAGGGAGAGACCAGCGGGAAGAAGCGGGGUAACUCGUGGACUGCGGAAACUGCGGCCGGGGGUCGCGGGGGCCCCCAGCCUAGGUGUGGACGCCGGGCACCAGGGACCGCCCCCCGGGCCGCGGUGCCCCGGUAGGGCCAGAGGUGCAGGCGCUUCGUCUCGGCUUGAGUCGGUGUUGACACAGUGGGGGCCGGAUGUGGGCAAAAGGCUGCUUCCAGAGAAGGGUCCCUGCCUCCCCCAAGCCCCGAUGAUGGUGCGCCCGCCCCGGCAGAAGCCACUGCGCCCGCUCCCGGGCGCUCUGCGCGGGGUUCCUCCCUCCCCCGCGGCCUCUUCAGCGAGGGGCGACGCCCGCCCCGCCACGUUUCACUUCUGA